GUGAAAAAUAAUAAUACGUACAUGGGUACUCUCCACCCCGCCGAUCAUCACCACCACAACAAUGUCAUUACUCACUACUACAACAAACUGUCUACCACCUCCACCCGCUUGCAGAUAACUACGUUUAUUUUACGUUGCGUACAGCGUAGUUAAAAGUUUUAUGGGUACUAUACCCACGCUCAACGCUGAUUGCCAAGUGCCCAAGUGGCAAGUGGUCACUGGUCGGACUGGUCAGUUGUCAGUAGUCAGUACUCAGAGGGAGAGUAUGUCAGUGACGAGUGACGAACGACGUUGACGGAAAUAACAUUCCACUGCGCAGCUCCGCGGACAGCACGCAUAAUAAACAUUAUACUUCAUAAACAUAAUAUAUUUAUGUGUACAAUGUACAUAAUUUGAUACACACGCACAUUGGUAUACAACAUAACAGACAUUAUCAUAUUUAUUGCAUAAUCGUGUCGUGAUCGUUAUUAUUAUAAUUCGUAUUUACUGCGACGCACGCAGUCUAUUGUUUUCGUAUCAAACUUUUGCAUUUCACCAGCCUACAAAAAAAUACAACAAAUUGUGUUUCAGUUGGACGCAAUUUUUGCUGUGUGGGUGUUAACUGUUGACGCAAUUCCGCAGGUCGUGUUGGCGCGUGCAGUCAAGUUCUAUCCUAAUUGUCGCUGGACACGCGCAUUGCAACGCGAUCAUGGCGACCAGGAAGAAGGUUCUACUGAAAGUGAUCAUUCUGGGUGAUUCAAGCGUGGGUAAGACGUCGCUGAUGAACCAGUACGUCAACAAGAAGUUCACCAACCAGUACAAGGCAACCAUCGGCGCCGAUUUUCUGACCAAAGAGGUGAUGGUCGACGAUCGGAUCGUCACAAUGCAGAUAUGGGAUACAGCCGGUCAAGAACGUUUCCAGUCAUUAGGAGUGGCAUUUUAUCGUGGUGCUGAUUGUUGUGUAUUAGUAUUUGAUGUAACAUCACCAGGAUCUUUCAAAUCUUUGGAUGGAUGGCGGGAUGAGUUUCUAAUACAAGCAUCACCAUCAGAUCCUGAUCAUUUCCCUUUUGUGGUCCUAGGCAACAAAGUUGAUUUAGAUAAUCGAGCUGUGUCCACUAAAAGAGCUCAGCAAUGGUGCCAGAGCAAGAAUGGCUUACCAUACUUUGAAACAUCUGCUAAAGAAGCAGUCAAUGUUGAACAAGCUUUUAAAACGAUAGCACGAAAUGCAUUAGCUCAAGAAUCAGAUGUAGAGCUAUAUAAUGAAUUUCCAGAUCAAAUAAAGUUGGACGGCGGUUCUACAGACAACAGGUCCUCGGGCAGUGAUAAUUGUGCUUGCUAAUGAUAGUCAAUUAUUACAUUUCCUGGAAUAUUGCUGUCUAUUAUCAACAUACUCCUUGGCUGAGUUUCUAACAAGAUACAAAGUUAUUGUCUUGAGUAUAUAUAUAUAUAUAUAUAUAUUAUAUGUAUAAAUUAAUGAAAAAAGAACAUUAUAUAAACGUGGAGAUAGUCUAUUAUUUAAUAUUUGAAUUUAAGUUAUAAAUAUAUAUUUUAUUUGUUUCUACUUAUAUGUAUGGUCACAUUAUACCCUAAUAUGAUUUUUAUUAUUAUUAUUAUUAUUAUUAUUA